AGAACGGCAGGGAGAAAAAGGUGUAACCGCCAUGAGGCAUCUGGGAAGAGAGGAUGAGGGCCGAACUUGUGAUUUCAGUGAUAGGGGAACCCUAGUGACGAGAUAGCCUCGUUAGCAAUUUAGUCUGAGAUAGGUAGAUUAACUCGCCCCAGAAACACAGCCAGGCUAUUUCAGAGGCAGGAGUUUAAGCCCACCUCUACUGGGUUCAAAGGCCAGCUCUCUAUCUAACCCAGCCCUCUGCCUCUUAGUUACAUUCACAGAAAUAUCAGGGCCAAAGAAACGUGGCUGGAUGGGCUGCGCUGGCAGUUAGCGCUGGCAGUGGACCCUUUCCUGUACCGCACCAAAGCCGAAGGGGUCGCCGAAUCUGGGGCGGCCUAGCUCGGGGAAACAAGCCCUAAACACAAAGAGGAAGUUCGGUCAGUCCAGCCCCCUGGGACACAUUUCACUCCAAGCUCCGCCCCGGCCACUCGGGGGGCGCUCGGCGGGUCCAAGAGGGCCUCCUCCUCCUUCUUCUCCUCCUGCCCGGCUACGGCUCUGCGUUCCAUCCUCCCCGCCACCAGGUGCCCCCAGACCCCUGAUUCCUCCUAGUCCUCCCGCCUCGCCGCUUCCUGUUGCCUGGAUCCGGGCCUGAGCGGAGCAGCACCAGCAGAAGCAGCAGCAGCAGCAGAAGCGACAGCAUCCCUCUCAGCAUCCUCAUCGCGGCAACAGUAGCAUCCUUGCUGUUUUUCUGCGGGCCUGGCCCUGCGUGGCUGGCUCAGCUCUCGCCUGCAGGAUGUCAGCUGCUUUGUGUGUGCAGGUUCUGUGCAGCCUGUGUGGCUGGCUGUCACUCUACCUUUCUUUCUGUCGCUUGAAUAAACAUCGGAGCUAUGAAUGGAGCUGCCGACUGGUUACCUUUACGCAUGGAGUCCUUUCCAUAGGCCUUUCUGCUUAUAUUGGCUUUAUUGAUGGUCCUUGGCCUUUUACUCACCCAGGAUUACCCAACACUCCUCUUCAAGUACAUGUUCUAUGUCUCACCCUUGGCUACUUCAUCUUUGAUCUUGGCUGGUGCAUCUACUUCCAGACAGAGGGAGCUCUGAUGUUGGCUCAUCACACAUUGAGUAUCUUGGGUAUCAUCAUGGCUCUUGCUCUUGGGGAGUCAGGCACUGAGGUCAAUGCUGUUAUCUUUGGUAGUGAGAUCACUAACCCAUUGCUACAGAUUCGAUGGUUCCUCCGGGAAACGGGGCACUACCACAGUUUCACAGGGGACGUUGUCGACUUUCUCUUUGUGGCUUUAUUCACCGGAGUGAGGAUUGGGGUCGGGGCACGGCUUCUUUUCUGUGAAAUGGCUUCCCCUAAGCCCAAGUGGUUUGUUAAGGCAGGUGGAGUAGCCAUGUAUGCGGUGUCCUGGUGUUUCAUGUUCAGCAUUUGGCGCUUUGCCUGGAAGAAGAGCAUCAAGAAAUACCAUGCCUGGAGGAACCGUAGGGGUGAGGACCGACAACUGAAAACCAACGGACAUCUCAAAGUACACUAAUCAGGGCUUACAGUUUGCUAAGAAUGAGGGUUAGGAACUUCACUGUCUUAAAAGGGUAGGCUUGGGAAUCAAGUGGUGGUUCUGCUAUGGAAUUUGAUACUCAUAGCAAACUUAGGAGAAGUGUUUUUUUUUUUUAGGGGCUUAAUUUCAGGGAAUUUAUUCAGUUCUAGAGCACAAAUAUGAAUGUCAGUAUUGAGUAUUAACUUUUGCACUGGCACACUUGAAGUAACUGAGGCUUCAUUGCAAGAGGUAUGAGGAUUUGAGUCAAAUCAGAACUAUGUGGAGAGCUCUGCUGGGAUCCCUGAUUAUUGUCUAAAGGUCCUCAUGUUUUAGGGUAGCUUGGAAGGACCAGUGAAGUGAAUUAUAUUACCCAUGUCACUUUGAGAAGAGUGAUUUCUUCCAUUUAUUUAUUACCUAAUGUAUUUAUUUAUAUUCCUCAUCUGGUCUAUGCCACCACUGUUAGAGAGAAUUUGGUAGAGGUGUCAUUGGCAUUUUGGUAUGGAUCAUGGAGACCAAACUUAAUCUCUGCCACAACAACAGAUAAUCCUUGCAGAAUAGGAGAGUAUAGGGGAGGGAACAUACUUACUUGCAGUCCCAGCAAGACCAUUUCUACAGCUUACAGGACUUUAGGCUUUUCUAGGCAAGCUGCAGUAGUAUGGAGAAAUUUAUAGGGACCUGUUGACCAGGUUCUGUUAUACCAGGAAAACUGUAUUCUAGUUCUCAGGGGCUUUAGUACAUUAAUCUCCUGCGCUUGAGAGGCUAUGGCUGGAUUCCAUGGGAAUUUACUAUGUGGAUUCCACUGGGCUUGAGAUGGCAGUUCAGGUUUCAACUCAGCUGUAAGCACUGCAAACGACAACCAAAGACAAGUAAAUUGUUGUGCUGGCUCCAGGGCAGUGAAGCUGCAUUUUUCUCACAUCUAUUCCUUUCUGUCCUGUCAUAAUACCUUUACUCCUCUAGCUCUUAAAAAUAGUGCCACUAGAUUAUGUGGAUUCAUAUCGCAUAGCCAGUUCUGAAGGAACAAAGCACCCAUGUGGAUCAAUGUUAUCCUUUUAAGCCUGACCUCUGCCAGCAAACAGAGAAAAGGAUUGGGAAUCACAAUUUCCUGGUUUCUCUGCCUAACACUACCAGUAACUUGGCAGAUGACAUAGACCCUGAAUCACCAUAGUCUACUGGGUACAGCACUCUUAUUUCCAUUUAGAAGACUUGGGUUCAAAUUCCAGCUUUGCCAAGUUAUCUGUCUGACUCUGGAUAAGUCACUUAAGCUAUGUAGGGGUCAGGUUCCUUAUCUGUAAAAUGAGGGAGGGGGUUGGAUUAGAUCUAAGACUACUUCCAGCUCUAGAUCCUAUAGGAUCACUUAAGGUCUAGCUGCCAUUUUCCCUUGCUGUAAGGAUAGCCAUAGCUUUCUCACCAAGAGUAUUGUGAAAUCUUUUGGAUGUCUAAUUAAAAUUAUUUAUAAAAGCCACAAGUGGCAUUUAUUUAUCUGUUUUGGAUUAGGCCUAUGGCUGGUUAGCUCAGUUGGUUAGAGUAGAAUGCUGCUGAACCUUAUGUCACAGGUCAAUCCUCAUAUAGAUUAAGGAAUUUCACUGUUUCACAUCCAGAGACUAGCCUGACUUCAUCCAGUUGUCACAAAAAUGGAUGCCUUUGGACACAGGAGGGAUCAGGCAUAGGCAUGGGAAUGAAUCAAUAUAUCACACCUGGAAAAACAACAAAUUCAUUUUUCCUAUUAUUGGCAGGUCACUAGCAUUAUCCUUGUAUAAGAAGCACAGGCUAUGAGGCUAUUACUCUUAUUUGUUUUGAGAAGCAUUUCUUGCUAGGCAUUGAAAUAAUCUAACAGCCGUCAUCUCUACCAUAUCCAUGGAAAGCAAGUGAGUUACACUCCAGCAAUAUCUGGGUAUUUAAGGAAUGAUGAUUUCAGCAAAAGCUUAUAGUGAGGAGUGUGGCUUGGCACAUGGACUCUAAAGAAAACUGGCCUUUGGAUUUUGGUACAGUAAAAUCUCUGUACUAGCCAAGUGAAUGCUCCUGAUAUUACAGAACAUUCCUUUCUCCUUCCCCUUGACAAGUGGAUGGGGGAAUCUUGCAAUUUGUAGGUAAUCUCACAAGAAAGAAGCUCUUGCUAGUGUGUGGAAUUAUGAGUUAACUCCCAGGCAGCUGGCAGAGGGAAAGGGAUUCCUCAUAGCAGCUCUCCUGUGUGUUGUGGUUGGGACUUGUAUAGAAACCUCCCCAAGAGAAAAUGUGAAAUGAAGAUGACUCAGCAGCUGAAGGAAUAUGCUAGUCUUCUUCCAUCACUAGGUACCAGAAAGGGCUAAUACACCUGUGGUGUUGUGGAAGGAAAAUGAAGUACUAAUUUACAUUUGGAUUACUAUGUAAUAAUAACAUUUUAACCAUGAAGGAUUUAUAUAUAAGUAUAUAUUUAUUGUUUGUAUUAAAUUUUAUAAAAAUAAACAACUUUGUAUGAUACCAAA